AGUCCCACGUCUUUGACCUGAGCGUGAACAAAUAUGAGCCCAUCUGCAACCAGCCGGUGGUGGCCAAGAAGAGGAACAAGAUCACCCAUGUCCAGUUCAACGCUAUCUACCCCAUCAUCAUCAUCGGGGAUGACCGUGGCCACGUCACCUGCCUGAAGCUGUCUCCCAACCUCCGCAAGAUGCCAAAGGUAAGUCAGCUUAUGGCUGGACCAGAGAGGGAGCAUCUGCAGGCUGAAGCAGGUGAUUUGCUCUACAGGAUGUGGUUUAAAAUACCUCCCCACUCCCCCCUUUGAGGUUUUCACAUUGGCAUGUUGUAGCUGCUAGUAUGGAACCCAAGGGCCAAACUAGCCAUGGUAAUAAACAAAAAUCUGCCCUUAUUCCCUUAUGGGGGACACAAGAGCCCUUAUAGAGUCCUUUGCAGGUUCUCCAUCGGUCAGAGAAAAUAACAGAGGCCAACCAGAGAAUAUUGAGAAGCAAAGCAGCUAGUAAGCCUGAUCUUUAUUGAACUGUUGCAACAGGGUGCUCCCCUCACACGCAGGAGGAAGAGGACCAAGAAACAGGUGUGCCCGCCCUUAUAUAGACAUUUUAAAUUGCCCGCCCUGGAGUCCAAGACCACCCCCAGAAACAUCAUACCUACAUCACAGAAGGGGUGUAGCUCAAGACCACCCCCCAGAUACAUCAUACCUACAUCACAGAAAGGGCGGUCUACAGCAGAAAUCUGAGCGCGUUGUUUGCCAGAAAUCUGAGUGCGUUGUUUACCUCCUGUCUGGCAGGUUACCUGUAAAUGCUUAUUUGAUUGGAUUGCCUGGGGAGCCUGGCCAGUCUUUUGUAGUGACAAAUACUUAGUUCCUGAGCCAGGUCACAGGCUCACCCUAUUCAUACACAGACAUACCCUCAAGACAGGAUUUGUGAAGGAAAAGACAAUGGGGAGGCUUUUCCAUUUGACUUUGCAGAGAAAACACCUGGUCAGUUUGGGAGUCAAAAGGGCUUCAUGGCUGUUCUCCUGUGCUGCUUCAGACAUGUGGUUUAUAUAUUUAUGUACGUGUUUGCUUGCUACAUUUAUGAACCUUUAUUAUAUACAUAAGACCUUAAUUUUUUUAUUUCACCACCAAGCUUGGGGGCGGCUGUAGACAGAGAAGAAAUUCCAUUUGCACACUGAGGUCCAGCGCCGAUGGCCUUCUGGCAGUUCCCUCCCUGCGAGAAGUGAGGUUACAGGGAACCAGGCAGAGGGCCUUCUCGGUGGUGCCGCCCGCCCUGUGGAACGCCUCCCAUCAAAUGUCAAAGGGAAAAAACAACUAUCUGGCUUUUAGAAGACAUCUGAAGGCAGCCCUGUUUAGGGAAGUUUUUAGUGACUGAUAUUUUAAUGUAUUUUUAAUAAUUUGUUGGAAGACGCUCAGUGCGGCUGGGGG